AUGCAGGUUGACACGCGCAACUUCGUGAACCAUCUCCACAAUGCUCUCGAGCAAAACAAGAUAAGGUCGUUCCUUGACCAAAGUCUGGAAAGAGGACUAGAGAUUGCACCAGCAAUCAACGAAGUAAUAGAGCAGUCGAGGAGCGCCAUUGUGGUCAUCUCUCAGACCUUUGCCUCCUCGCCGUGGUGCCUGGACGAACUGGAUAAGAUCCUUGAUUGCAAGGAAAAGAAAGGCCAGCUGGUGUUCCUCAUUUUCAUGGACGUCGACCCCAGAGAAAUGCGUGAGCAGUCCGGAUCUUUCACGUGGAUUGGCCAAAGCGAGAAGGGUUUUGGGCAGGAGAAUGCCGACAAGGUCCGGAGGUGGAGAGACGCUCUCCGAAAAGCCGGCAACCUCACUGGUUGGUCUCUUGAAACAGUUGCGUUAGAUUCUCAGGUACAAGCGUUGUCCUCCUUACUCCGAUUAGAGGUUGAGGAGGUCCAAAUCCUGGGAAUUUCCGGCACAAGGGGGAUAGGUAGGACUACAAUAGUGAGAGCUCUGUACCAACAAAUUGCAGAUCAAUUUGAUAGGAGUUACUUUCUUGCGAAUGUGAAGGAUAUAAUGAGCGAAGAUGGACUCAUCAAAUUGCAGGAGACCCUUUUUGCUAACAUUCUCAGCGAUGGAGUUUCAGAGUUCAGCAAUGAUAUUCAUGUAGUAACAAAUUUCAUGAGGAGUAAGCUUCACAACAAGAGGGUUUUGUUGGUGUUUGAUGAUGUUGAAGGAUUGUUGGAUCCAUUGUGCUGCCUCAUCAAGGCAAUAAACUUAGGCUUGGGAAGUAGAGUUAUUUUGAUCCCCCAACAGGAAGAAACCUUAAGCGGUUUAAGGGGGGAAAUCUUUAAGGUAAGAUCAUUGAAUGAUGAUCAAGCUCUCGAGCUUUUCAGUUGGAAUGCAUUCUGCGAAAAAUAUCCCAAAAGUGAUUAUAAAAUGCUCUCAAAUUGUUUCACUAGUUUUUCUAAAGGGCUUCCUUUGGUACUCACCUUGAUGGGUUCUUUCUUGAAUGGCAAAAGCAUCAAGGAAUGGCAAAGAGCUUUUGAUCAAUUGAAAGAAAUCCCUCAGGGAAAGGUUCAUGAAAUACCGAGGAUUGUUAUCAAUGGCUUAGAGGCCAACGAGAGGAUGAUUUUUCUUGACAUUGCGUGUUUUCUCAAUGGAUAUGACAAAGAAGAGAUCAUCAAAUCCCUAAACCAAUGCGGGGUCCUUGCGAAUAGUGGGAUUGAGAUUCUGGCUCAAAAGUCACUUGUAUACAUUGAUGAAAAUAACAAAAUAUGGAUGCAUGAUUUGAUUCAAGAAAUGGGUAGACGGAUCGUGAUUCAAGAGUGCCCUAAUAACCCUAGUAAGCGAAGUAGAAUAUGGCAUCAUGAGGAUGCUCUACAAGUGGUUAGGCAAAACUCGGGAACAAAGGCUAUUGAAGGCAUUAAAUUAGACAAGAUAGAUGUACAAGACUUGAUCUUGCAUGCAAACUCAUUCAAAAAGAUGAAGAAGCUUAGGCUAUUUAUGAUGGCCGAUCACGUCCUUGACUGUGGACCGGCCGGACAUCUAUCAGAAAAGUUGCAGGCACAUUUCGCACGGAACGGUGGUAUUAUGCUUGCGUUUUGGGAGGUGCUGGUGAAGAGAAUUUCCAAGUUCUGGUCUCGUGGAGCUUGA